UCCCUCCCUCUCCGCCGCAGCUCUCCCAACCCUCAGACUGAAUCUCUAUCUCCCUCUUUCGAUUUCCAGCCACGGCAACCAGUGAUUGAAACUGUCUUUUUCGUUGCGCGGUGAAAGGUUGCGUUUAUCCGCACUUUUCCCGGCGGUUAAACGGGGGGGCAACAAUUAGAGCAGUUAACACGUAGAAAACAAGAUUGAAAACCAAACAAAACUUGGAUCUGUUGCGUUUGCGUUCCGUAACCAAAGCGGAACAUACCUCAAUCCCUUUUGUGAUUAUUUCCUCUUUUCUCUGGACGAGAAAAGGCUGUUGGAUUGGGUUCGAGCAGACGGACUUCUUACUUUUCAACGACGUGGUAUAAGAAGUUUAUACAUAUUUUAGCCUAAACGCGGAGGUCACAUUUUAAAUGUAGGAAAAGCGACUAAUUCCAUCCUGCUGGUUGACUGGCACCAAUUCUAAAGUUAGUUUCCAGAUACAGAGUAAACAAACACGGUUUGCAAGCGACGAAAGACAUUGCCUAUCCGUGCAAGUGUUUACUUAGAGACCUUUUGCGUCUUUAAUCUUUGGGAGUUUUGAGGAGAGAGCUUGUUUUUGAGGAGCUGGGCUUGUUUCUCGAUGCAUUGAAUGAGGAGGAACGUCCCAUGUGCGGCUUUCACUCUUUCUGACAACCCUUCAGCCUUAGGGGAUGUCGACGAGCUAACUAAUCUGCUGGUGUGAGGACGAUUUGUUUUGUGGAGAAAGAAGAGAAAGUUUCUCUGUGGUGCAUCUCACACAUCAAUAUCCCUUGAACUUGGGAACAUUGUAUCACCUACCUGAAGCGUUCCUUCAUCACUCAGUCUUACGUUUACAAGUGGAUCGAUUGGAAGUCUCACAUCGUGAGGCGUGACUGAAACUCACGUGUCAAAAUGGCUAACAACACUGCAGACCACCCACCGGGGAACUCGGUCACCGAGGUCGACCACGAUGGGGACUUUGGCUGCACGACGAUGCAGCUCCGUGAGCUGAUGGAGCUCCGCAGUGGCGAGGCGGUCAACAAGAUUGCAGAAUGCUACGGUGAUGUGCAAGGGAUCUGCCGCAGACUCAAGACCUCACCUAUCGAAGGCCUCUCUGGUAACCCUGCUGAUUUGGAAAAGCGCCACACAUCAUUUGGUAAAAACUUCAUCCCCCCCAAGAAGCCCAAGACCUUUCUGCAGUUGGUAUGGGAGGCCCUGCAGGAUGUCACCCUCAUUAUUCUGGAGGUGGCAGCCAUUAUUUCUCUGGGCUUGUCCUUCUACCACCCACAAGGGGAAGGCAAUGACAACUGUGGCCAAGCAGCUGGGGGUGUUGAAGAUGAGGGCGAGGCCCAAGCAGGAUGGAUUGAAGGUGCUGCCAUCUUGUUUUCAGUUAUAAUCGUGGUGCUGGUGACGGCCUUCAACGACUGGAGCAAAGAAAAACAGUUCCGUGGGCUUCAGAGCCGCAUAGAACAGGAACAGAAGUUUACAGUCAUCCGCAAGGGUCAGGUCAUCCAGAUCCCAGUGGCUGAGAUCGUUGUGGGAGAUAUCGCACAAAUCAAAUACGGUGACCUUCUCCCAGCUGAUGGUAUCUUGAUCCAGGGUAAUGACCUGAAGAUUGAUGAAAGCUCUCUCACUGGGGAGUCCGAUCAUGUUCGCAAAUCUCUGGAGAAGGACCCCAUGCUCCUUUCCGGAACUCAUGUGAUGGAGGGAUCUGGCCGAAUGCUGGUCACUGCCGUGGGCCUGAAUUCUCAGACUGGAAUCAUUUUCACCCUCUUGGGUGCCGGUAGUGAGGAUGAGGAAAAGAAGGUGAAGAAAGGUAAAAAACAAGGACCCCCCGAAAAUCGCAACAAAGCUAAAACUCAGGAUGGCAUCGCCCUGGAGAUACAACCUCUGAAGAGCGAGGAAGGUGCAGAGUCAGAGGAGAAGGAGGAAAAAGAAGAGAAGGAGAAAAAGAAGGUCAACGUCACCAAGAAAGAAAAGUCAGUACUGCAGAGCAAGCUGACCAGGCUAGCGGUUCAGAUUGGAAAAGCAGGUCUCAUCAUGUCUGCAGUGACUGUCAUCAUCCUCAUCCUGUACUUUGUAAUUGAUACGUUCGGCGUCCAGGGUCGUGAGUGGACGGCGGAGUGUACUCCCAUCUACAUACAAUAUUUUGUGAAGUUUUUCAUUAUUGGUGUGACUGUGCUUGUGGUGGCCGUGCCUGAAGGGCUACCUCUAGCUGUCACUAUCUCCCUGGCUUAUUCCGUGAAGAAAAUGAUGAAAGACAACAACCUGGUUAGGCACUUGGAUGCCUGUGAGACCAUGGGUAAUGCCACUGCCAUCUGCUCUGACAAAACUGGAACACUGACUAUGAAUCGCAUGACAGUGGUGCAGGCUUUCAUAGGUGACGCACACUAUAAAAGCGUUCCUGAACCAGAGGCCAUUAAUCCACAGAUUUUGGAGCUACUGGUGAACAGCAUCUCCAUAAACUCAGCGUACACUACCAAGAUCCUGCCCCCAGAGAAGGAGGGAGGUCUGCCAAGGCACGUGGGUAAUAAGACAGAGUGUGCCCUUCUUGGUCUGGUGAUGGACCUGAAGAGGGACUAUCAGCCUAUUAGAGAUGAGGUUCCUGAGGAGAAGCUUUAUAAGGUUUACACAUUCAACUCCUCCCGGAAGAGCAUGAGCACCGUACUAAAGAACACCAGUGGUCCUGGCUUCCGAAUGUACAGCAAGGGUGCCUCUGAGAUCGUCCUGCGCAAGUGUUCCCAUAUCCUUGAUGCUUCAGGCCAGCAACGUAUCUUCAAGGCCAAAGAUCGGGAUGAGAUGGUGCAGAAAGUGAUUGAGCCAAUGGCCUGUGAUGGGUUAAGGACCAUAUGCGUAGCCAUGAGGGACUUCACAACCGAGCCAGACUGGGAGAAUGAGGCUGAUAUUCUGAAUGACCUGACCUGCAUCUGUGUUGUGGGCAUUGAAGACCCCGUCCGUCCUGAGGUUCCUGAGGCUAUCUCUAAAUGUCAGCGAGCAGGCAUCACAGUCCGUAUGGUCACCGGAGACAACAUCAACACAGCCCGUGCCAUCGCCACCAAAUGUGGAAUCCUGCUGCCUGGAGAGGACUUCCUGUGCAUGGAGGGCAAAGACUUCAACCAGCAGAUUCGCAAUGACAAAGGAGAGGUUGAACAAGAACGUCUUGACAAGGUCUGGCCCAAACUGCGUGUUCUUGCUCGUUCUUCCCCAACAGACAAACACACUCUGGUUAAAGGCAUCAUUGAUAGCACAGUUGGAGAAACGAGACAGGUGGUGGCUGUGACUGGAGACGGCACUAACGACGGUCCUGCCCUUAAAAAAGCAGAUGUUGGCUUUGCUAUGGGAAUUGCAGGCACCGAUGUUGCAAAGGAGGCCUCUGACAUCAUCCUUACUGAUGACAACUUCACCAGUAUUGUCAAAGCCGUGAUGUGGGGACGUAACGUCUAUGACAGCAUUUCUAAGUUUCUGCAGUUUCAACUGACUGUCAAUGUGGUGGCUGUGAUUGUUGCUUUCACUGGAGCCUGCAUCACACAGGACUCUCCACUUAAAGCUGUUCAGAUGUUAUGGGUAAAUCUGAUUAUGGACACACUGGCUUCUUUGGCUCUGGCAACGGAACCCCCAACAGAAUCACUCCUACUGAGAAGACCUUACGGCCGUGACAAGCCACUCAUUUCCAGGACUAUGAUGAAAAACAUCUUGGGUCAUGCCGUUUACCAACUUAUCAUCACAUUUACUCUUCUCUUUGCUGGUGAGAAGUUCUUUAGCAUUGAUAGUGGCCGGAACACCCCUCUCCACUCACCACCGUCUGAACACUAUACCAUCAUCUUCAAUGUCUUUGUCAUGAUGCAACUCUUCAAUGAGAUCAAUGCCCGCAAGAUCCAUGGAGAGAGGAACGUGUUUGAGGGAAUCUACCGGAACCCCAUUUUCUGCUGCGUCGUACUGGGAACCUUUGCUCUGCAGAUCAUCAUUGUGCAGUUUGGAGGGAAGCCGUUCUCUUGCACGGCCCUCACCAUCGAUCAGUGGCUCUGGUGUGUGUUCAUAGGGGUUGGUGAGCUGCUCUGGGGCCAGUUCAUCACUGCCAUCCCUACCCACCGCCUCAAGUUCCUGAAGGAGGCCGGUCACGGCAUCCCCAAAGAGGACAUCCCUGAUGAGGUGCUAACCGAAGGUGCAGAUGAAAUCGACCUCGCUGAGAUGGAGCUGCGCAGGGGACAGAUCCUGUGGUUCAGAGGACUCAACCGCAUCCAGACUCAGAUGGACGUGGUUUAUACAUUCCAGACAGGCCAAACGGCGGUGCCUGGGGCCCUGCGUCGCCAGCCCUCCGUGGUCAGCCAGCACAACGACAUUAAGGUGGUGAACGCAUUCCGUAGCUCCCUGUACGAGGGCCUAGAGAAGCCAGAAUCCAGAAGCUCCAUCCAUAACUUUAUGUCCCACCCUGAGUUUGUACCCCUCUCCGAGGAGGAACCCCGCGUCCCCACGAUAGACGAGGGCUGUGUAGAGAUCGAGCAGCUCCCCUCCUCUUCCAGAAACGGAGGUGGCGGCGAACCCCCAGACCGCUCUCUUCACAGCCAGGAAUUCUGCGUGUGACCCUCCCACCAUCCUCCAUUCUCCAGUGCAACUGCCCCAAAAUCAUCAUCUUUUUUUGUUCUGUUUUAAAACCUGUGCACCACUCUACCGGUGGGGCCCUGCUGAUGCACAUCUGAGAGACAGCAGCACCUACAGCAGCUGAUGGGGCGUCCAUGAUCCCUUUCUCCUCUCCUCCAUCUCCCCCACCCCUCUGCCCCUCUCGACUUGCACUGUGUCGGCGGCAGCAGCAGCGCUCUGUAAGUACAUGCGGCUGUCCUUCAGCCCAUGUGACGCAUGGCCUAACUUACACACUAGAGGGCGACGCUGCGGCAAACGCCCUCUCUCAGCCUGUCACUGGCAUUUUUAUCUCUUCUACAGCUCUGAGUUUUCUCAUUUUUAUAUUGUCAUGUCUCUGGUCUUGUGUAAUGCUGUAAUCAUUUAUGUUAUUUGUCCCAGGACUUUCAUUUACAUAGUUUUUGUUUCGUUUUUUUGCUGAUACAGCCAGUUCAUGCACCCAAUUGCUGUUUUAAUAGAUUUCUUCUUUUCUCUCUCAAUUUGCUCUGUUUUAAGGUGGAUUGAAAAACAUGACAGUAAAGUUACCCAUGUUCUUUUAGUUUUUAAAAUGUUUUUGUGCUCUAAUGGACAUUUUAAGUUGUUCAGACACACUACAUUCUUGUCAUGUUUUCAGACAUUGUGACAUACAAUGCUGUUAGGCUCAUUUUGGGUGUUCUGUCACUUUAUAUGUACAGAUGUAAGGCUGCUAUAGUGCACGUUAGCAGAAUAAAAGACUAUAAUAAACUUGUUUGAUAGCUAUGAGUUUAGAAUACCUGAUUGGCUCUUAAGGGGGCAGGGAGGGUCAUCCAACACAUCAUCUCAUUGAAAUAACACCCAUCUCUAGUCUCUUGUUUAAUGCUCAUCUGCCUCAAAAAGAAUGCCCCGGCUAACUGACCAAGUACUUUAUCAAAGGUACAGCACCUGACCAUAGUGUGCAUGUAUCUGUCUUUAGGCUCAUCUGUGUCUGAUUGUAUAGGAAUGGGAAUUGCAAUGCUAAUCUUUAUGGGAUUUCGACUAAUGACUAGAAUUUUCCUUUUACUUGUUUCCUCGUUCAGAAAAAAAAAAAAAAAUGCGAUAGAAGUGAUUCUUUAUGGGUGUACUUUCAAAUCCAGUCUUUUUCUCACCUCAGUUCUGCAGGUAGGUGUUCUCCUUGUUAUCUAACAUCAGGCUGUGCUCCUCAUAAGCUCCAAGUUACACAGACAGCACUGAUAGAGCUCCAAAAUCCCAUCCUUGAGCUUCGCUUGCGAGGGUAAGGAUACUGCACGUAGUAAGCAUGCUUUUGCUAUUAAAAAAAAGAAAGAAAACACUCGUACAAAAUAGCAUGCGGAAAGGGCCUCUGUUGGACCCUCUGAGCUCUGUUGAAACCUGGAUGACAAACUAGAUCAGACUGUUUCCGUAAAAGCGCGGCCUCAACGACAUGUGCUUUUUAUUAGCUAAAACAUACUACUGCCACAGACCAACCUUCCGCUCAUACCAGUCUAGGUUCAAUGAAUUCCUCAAAUUACACCUUUUUCUACUUGCUCAGAGCCAUAUUUUAUAGAUUGUUCUUUUAUAUCCCAUUGUUUUUGCAGUUUAUUUUGUAUUUCCAACCAAAUUCGAAAAACACAGAGUCACUGCCUAGAGAAAAAAAAAAGGGGGGGGGGUGACUAGAUGGACCACUUUAAUGUUUACGGAACGGUUCCUCAGCAGUCUGCUAAUGCUGCACUUCCCCCUGCUGGCAGUUUUUGUUAUUUCGCUUAAGUGGAACAUGGUAUGUUAUUGUGGGGAAGCAUGCAUGAAUUUCAUAUAAAACUCAAUGUUUUGUUCCUUUUUUACAAUUGUUCUGUAUUUUUAUAUUAAGUACUUUUUAAUAUUUUGGAAAAAAUAUAAAUAUAGGUGUAUAGGCCAGAGAGUUUGGUGACAUAACAAAUUAGCAAAAUAAGCAGUUGAGUACAUAUUGCAGUUUUAUAUAUAUAUAUAUAUAUAUAUAUAUAUAUAUAUAUAUUUAUGCCACGUUUGUAACCACAUGCGAUGUCAGAUUCGAUGUCCGAGCUAAGAAAGUUACGUGUUUACUGUAAAGUCAAGGGGUCUGUUCGAGUUCUCAACAGAAGAGUGAGCAUUUACUGGCCUUAUCCCAAUUUGUGUACUCCAAACCUGCAGCCACAGAUAGAUGCAAAAGUCGUGCAAAGUCGUUAAAAUAUAUUAUUUGCCACCUAAUUAGAAUCUAUUAGACUACAGUAGGAAAUGUUAAUUAAAUGUUUUGAGGUCUUCAAAUUCAAUGUCGGCUAUGGAAAAUAAUUGAGAUUUUUACUUAUUCUCUGUUUUCAUCAUUUUUAACUUCAAUUUGUCUCUGUGAAAAUGUUUUUUGUCAUACUCUGGAUACAAAUUAAGCAUACUAACUGUAUGUUACACAAAAGUACUAAUGUAUUUGACUUCAUGUGGAAGCAGUCAAAUGGUUUCCAGUUAGAGCUUUAUAUAAAUUCUGCCAAAGUGUUGCUUUGUACAGUUAGUUCUGACAUAUGUCUUUGUUCUUGUUCAUUUAAAAUAAUUUAUAACUGGAUUUCAUCCUUUUUUUGAAUUCCUAAUGUUUUUUUUUUUUUUUUUUUUUUUUCUCUCCAUGAGGAUCUGAAAUAUGCCCCCUUCAGUUUUAUUUCUUCAUUGCUUGGACAUGAUUAAUGCAGAAAAAAUGGGGGAAUGAUCAAAUUGUCUUAAAUUUUUUCUUUUUUUGGUUCCCUGUAAUACCUUUUUAGAACAAUUUCUGUUAUUGCACAUGUUUGUCAUGCAUUGUGUAUACCGAGAAUCGCUUCAAGGUGCCGUGCAAUAACUGAAUUUUAUCGCAUUACUACUCUACUGACAUUGUCCUACAGUUCUUGUUUGUUUUGGACGGGAGGUAAUGAUUCACCACAGCUGUAAAUAAAAGAUUGUGUUUUAAAACUGGAA